AAUCGAUUUACGAGAUUUGGCAUGGCAUGGUUUGCCGAUUGCCGGCUGUUACUUACUGUGUCAAUUUUCGUUUUCUAAAAGGAAAAUUGUAUUAAAAUAAUAAUGUAUCUAUCAGUUCAGUAACAUAAGCUACGUUAAUAGAACUACUCUUGCUAGAGUUAAUUAAUACAGAACUUGAAACAGGAAAGUGGUAUUAUACAAAAUGUGUCAGUUGAUGUUUUACAUCGUCGUUUCAAUAUUUUCUGUGUUAAAAACUGCUACUGGUUUGGGGGAAAUAAUUUACGCGAUAAAUGCUGGUGGUCCAUCGCACACUGAUAUAUAUGGAAUACAUUACGAAAAGGAUCCUUUGCAAGGAAGAAUCGGUACCGCUUCUGAUUAUGGUAAACAACUGGUAAUGAUCGGUAGAGUGAACCCCAAAGAUGAGAUACUGUAUCAAACUGAGAGAUACCAUCACAGCACAUUCGGCUACGAUAUCCCAGCAAACAGAGACGGCGACUACGUGCUCGUGCUGAAGUUCAGUGAAGUGUACUUCAAUGCCCCUAACAUGAAAGUGUUUGAUGUGGUACUAAAUGGAGACCACACCAUUGUUGCCGACUUAGACAUUUUUGACAAAGUUAGCCGUGGUGUUGCUCAUGACGAGUAUGUACCUUAUUCAAUCAAAAAUGGUAAACUGUAUUACAAUGAGGAAGAAUCUGAUAUAAGAGGAGGAAAAAUUAAGGUAGAAUUUAUUAAAGGUUACAGAGACAAUCCUAAAAUUAAUGCUUUAUAUGUAAUGAGAGGCACUAUUGAUGAAGUACCUAAGCUGCCUCCAUUGGUGUGGCCAGAAAAUGAAACUGAAGAACCCAGGGAUGAGGUUGAAGAAAAAAGCUCCAAAUCCCGACGUGCCAGUGGGCCCAAACAACCAGAUCCAUACUCUAUGGAUGAGAGCUCAGUGCUAAUCCCAGUGUUCAUCACUAUCGGUGCUUUCAUUCCACUUUUAUUCUGCCUCUGUAAACUAUAAUCUCUGCUUGAUUAUAAUUCUUAUAUUGUUUUUGUGUGAUUGUAUGCUGUUUAGUAUAUUUUUAUUUAUUGUGGGUAAUGAUAUAUUUUAUUUGAAUAAAUCAUAUUGACAUUAUUUUCAAGCACUUAAUCAAAGCUCAAUGGUGAUAGUACAAAGCCAACAAAUGCAAAAUGACUAGUGCCCGUCCCAUGUUGAAAUAAUAAUUAAACUUACACUAUGCGCACACAACAUGUGCUGAUCAGAUGCACUUUAUGUAAAUAAAUAACUUGAGUUUAUUUAAAA